CGCAUCAGCGCUCCGCUCCGCCUCGGUGCAUCGCUCCUUGCCCUCGCUUGACCCUCCCAGGCUUCGAUCAGUGCUAGCACGUCGCCGGUCCUGAAGACGCCAAGGCAGGGUACUCAGCCGUGUCGGACAUGCGCCGAGCUCGCCCUCCACCGACCACACUCUUGUUGGCGACGUUCAUGUCGAGUUGCACUCUUUCCCACUUGCGCUUUCAUCUGGAAUGAACAGCACUGCUCACGAUGGCGGGGUGCCGUCUCUCCCUCGGCCACCAUCGUCGGCAUCCACAACCCACUCACAGCCAUUCGUGACUCCGCCUCAGACGCCCCGUCCUCCCUCGCCGCCUGAUGUCGAGACGCCCGUUGACGCCGACCUCUACGCCCACCACCAUUAUAUCUUCAGGCGGCUGCGACGCGCGUGUCCAGCCCCUAGCCCACGCAGGGUGUGGAUCAUCACCGGCGCGCUCUGCGCCUCCAUGGUGCUGUGUGGAUGGAACGACGGCAGCGUUGGGCCCCUGAUCCCAAGUCUGCAGCGAUAUUACAACAUCAAUUACCUUAAAAUGUCGAUCCUUUUCAUCAUGAUGUUUGUCGGCACGCUCAUCUCGGGCCUGGUGAACGUGUGGCUCACCGACCGCAUCGGCUUCGGUCUGGUGACGCCACUCGCCGCCCUCGCCACGGCCGUAGCCUACCUCAUCGCGGGCUGCGGCCCGCCCUACCCCGUAUUCCUGAUCGGGUACAUCUUCAACGGCUUCGGCAUGGGUAUCCAAGACGCACAAGUGAACAACCUCGUGACUCGCCUCCCGAACGCAGACACGAAAAUGUCCGUCGUGCAGGCAUGCUUCAGCCUUGGCGGCACCAUCGCGCCCUUCAUCUCGACCGCGUUCGCGCAGCACGUGGAAGCUGCGUACCGUUACUUCUUCGUCGCGAUGGCCGUAGCGCUCCUCACGGUCGUGAUGAUGCUGUGGGCGUUCGAGGGCAAGACGGAGGAGCAGAUUACCGCGCUGCUGCCCAAGGACGCCGACGUACGGCGGGAGAAGAAGGAGCGGAAGGAGCGGGAGAAGCGGGAGGCGGAGGGCGAGGAGGAGGUCGAGAUGGCGGGCGUCAAGGAGCGCUUGACACGUGCCCCGUCCAUCGUUCCCAACGAGGCGGCGCCUCUCCCCCCCGCUGAGCUGUACGCCCCCGACUCGAGCGGUACCAAGAUGCUGCGCAUAUUCUCCACGCCCAGCGUGUACGCACUCAUCAUCUGGGCAUUCCUCUACGUUGGGGUGGAGGUCAGCAUCUCGGGCUGGCUUACGUCGUUUCUCAUCGCCGAGCGCGGCGCCACGGCCGCCGCCGGCUACGCCGUCACAGGCUUCUGGGGCGGCAUGUCGGUCGGCCGCAUCGUGCUCAUCCCCGUCACCAAGAAAAUUGGGUACCAGUUCUCCAUCUAUCUCUACGCUGCCAUUGCCUUGGGGCUCGAGCUCGCGAUCUGGUUCACGGAUAGCCUCAUCGGCAACGGCGUGUGCUACGCUUUUGUGGGCUUCUUCCUCGGCCCGAUCUACCCCAACGCGCUCAUGGUGGUGUCUGAGGUGCUCGACGACGACUUGCGCGGCGGCGUCAUGGGCAUCAUGGGCAGUUUGGGUGGAGCCGGUGCGGCCGCCAUCCCGUUCAUGACGGGUGGUAUUGCGGACAAGCACGGCAUCUGGACUAUUCAGCCCAUCGCUGUGGCGAUGAUCGCGGCGUUCACUAUCAUCUGGAUGUUUGUGCCGCGCAAGCGCAUCACAUCGUUGUAUACGCCCAAGCGGCGCGUCAUUGAGCAGUAGAGCCAUAGAGUGAGUGCAAUCCAUCGUGCAUGCAUGUAGCAAUAGCAGCAAUAACAAAAGGUUGAUGCCCGCCCGGCUCGCCCUGCGCGCUU